AUGUUCCAUACUAACGGAUUCGGGUCCAUAACUGUGGGUUCCAAUGCACGAGAUCUUGUAGCACUUAUCAACGAGGCCCUAUCAAUUAGUAUUACACAGAAGAAAUCAAUUAUAGAAACUAAUACAAUUAGAUCAGCUCUUCAUAGACAAACUUGGGAUUUGCGAUCCCAGGUCAGAUCGGUUCAGGAUCAUGGGAUCCUUUUCUAUCAGAUAGGAAGGGCUGUUGCACAAAAUGUACUUCUAAGUAAUUGCCCCAUAGAUCUUAUAUCUAUCUAUAUGAAGAAGAAAUCACAAGCAUGGUUAUUUAAACUUUAAUACAUUAAAAUUAUUACAUCACAAGCAUAUGGUUGCUGGUUUACCUUUUAUUUCAGCAAAUGACAAAAUAUGUGAAGGAUGUGUUUAUGGCAAACAACAUUGAUAUCAUUUCUUAUUGGCAAAUCAUAGCGAGCAAGGUUUCCUCUUGA